AUUUUGGUUGUCUACUGUUUUUUUUAUAAAUAUUAACCAUAAUUUGAUAAAUUUAUUGUAAAUAAGAAAUUAUGACUUACCUGUUGUUGACAUCAAUUAAAAUUAGUAGUAGUAGUAACUGUUUGACUAUAAUUUCAUUGGUAUUUAUUAUUAUUAUCACAUCUAAUGUUAUCAAUUGUCAACCAAAUAGCCAGAGCUCGUUAUGUCAAAGUUUGCCCAUAUAUUCAAUCGAUCGGUUUCCCAAUCGGACGGUACGAUUGUUUCGCGAGUCAGACUACUGGGAUUUGACUGGUUUUCCCGAUAAGAUUCAGGUCAGUCCCAGCGGUCGGAUGACUGACUACGAGUUCUUGCAUCCGGUACGCGAAAAUCAACGACUGGUGACCGUAUUGGCCGGUCAUACGAAAGUAGUAAACAGAAUCUACAAGUUUGGCGGUAUGUUUUGGUGGUCGUGGUAUGAAAAUCCGGUCAACAAGUCGCAGAUGAUGUAUGCGGCCACCGAAGUCGGCUUCUAUUGGGACGAACUGCCCAAAGAGCACGGCUUUGCCGCCGUCUUUCAUAACGGCGACACCAAUGACCCGAUACUUGUCGGUCUCGAAGCUGAUCGUAAUUAUAGUACCGAACACAUGAAAAUCCACUACUUUAGCACCAAAAACGACACAUUUGUACGAAAGGCCGGCAACUAUUAUAACGAAAAAUACUUUCCCAUUGAUGUUGUCGACGCCUUUUCGUGGCCACUGAGCGGCGACAACCAAAUGGCUGUCUAUAUCAUCAAAAGUGAUGACACUUAUUGUGAACUAAUUAAUGGCAAAUCUUGCUCUGAAUGGAAGCCAUGGAAUAGACUACUGGGCUGUAAGGACAGGGUUAUACCGACGACGACCACCACUCCUCCUCCUCCUCCGACUACUAUCCCAAUGAUAACCCCGGAUAGCGUUGUAGCCACCAGUUCCUCAAUAACUAUACUACCGCCGACUUGUUUGAUAUUAAUGUUGGUCAUUGAAUUUUUUCAUUAUUAUUAG